AUGUAUCAAGAAAACAUCAAUACAAGCAUUUAUUCUCCACAAAGUUCUCAAAUUGAUACUACUUUUAACAAUUUUAAUCCCGGACAGGACGCCCAAAUCAUUAACGAUACGUCUCAAGUGUCUAUGCCAACACCACGUAGCACAGAACCAUUCUAUAUGAAUGAAGUAAAUCAGGCGAUGAAUCAAAGUCACCUUUCACAAUCUACCCAAGCAUAUAAUUCAAACAUUUCCAAUUUCUCGUUCUAUUAUUGCUUCAACCUUCAUCCUCACCAUAUCAAAUGUGAAGAAGUACAAGUAUCCUUUGAUACUUUCUCUCAGAUGAUAAAUAAUACUGACAAUAUUUCUACUUACAAGAUUUAUGUGUUCUAUCAUGAACAAACUGUAACGAAGAAAAUUUAUAAAGUAACCUGCGAAAUUAUUUCACAUACGUUUAUGAUUCAGCUUUUAAACCAAAAUAUUUAUGGAAUCGAAUUUAAUCAGACUGAACAGCAACAAGAAGUUCCUAGGCAACACUUUGAAAAUCUUAAAUUACACUUAAGAAAUGAUUUGGCUCAUUAUUUUUCAUCCAAACAAAUAUAUAAAGAUAAUCAAUAUGAUGAUUUAUAUAAUACGAUUAAUUCCAAUGUCAAUAUCCUCAAUCAUUUUCAACAAAGUAAUGCAAAUACUCUUCCCUAUAAUCAAUCUUCUACUCUUCAACGGGAUGAUAAUAGGCAUGGUGAUGGGAAUUAUACUCAAAAUUACUAUAAUCAUGUUUCGCAACCCUAA